AUGGCACUUAAGCUUUCAAGGGUUGGUCGACAAGAAAUGGAAAAACUAAUGGCACUGCAGACUUCUAAGACAGGAUGCUGUAUAAAUUCGGCAGUCCUACCCUUUGGCGCGUGCGCCGCUACACUAGUCGCACCUCGAUCGUUAUGUGCGUGCACGAUAUGGCCGAAGCUCGUUCCUUGCACCGCCCUCAUAAAUUAUAAAGCAUAUGCGAUAUACAAUAUCGAUAUAUUACUACCUUCAAACCGGCCUCCAAAUCUCGCUAGUCUACAUAGUAAAACCUCAACUGUCAAUUUUGCACUAGCCCUUCGAGCUUCCUAG